UUCUGGCCAGAGAGAGCUUUGUUCAUGAGCGUCUGUUCAGCUGCUGCUCCUCCUCCUCCUACGCUGGAGCAGAGCCGGCUUUGUGCGCUCAGUGCGCAGGCACAGGGGUGCGGGGCCCCUUCUCAGGGAGAAUAAUAGGUGCGGUGUGAAGCUGAAUAGGCUCAGAGGGAUGGGAGCCAGGCGAGAGGAGAUCUGCAGCUAGCGGCACGGCUCAGCCCGGAGAGAAGGGGAAAGAAACUGCUCCUUUCACCAGCACAAGGUCAUGGCAAAUGUUUUCCAAACAAUGACAAAUGUUGCAAACAGUGAGCAAAAACAGGAAUAAAUGGUCAAACCACACCACUUCCAGGAACCCAGGCUAAGGAGACCUAUGACCGGAUAAGCAGAGGGACGAUCACAGGGUAAACAAAAGUUUCAGAAUCCAUCAAGGUGGAACAAGCUGAUAAGGAUGAGUUCGUAUGCUGACAUCUGUGGGUCCAAACAACCUCAAAAUACUCCAGAAGGAGUAUACCAUCGUUACGGCGUUCGGUCCUACCUCCACCAGUUUUAUGAGGACUGCACAGCUUCAAUCUGGGAAUAUGAUGAUGAUUUUCAGAUCCAGAGAUCACCUAGUAGGUGGAGCUCUGCUUUCUGGAAGGUCGGACUCAUAUUGGGCAUUAUCCUCAUGCUGGCGGGCCUAACAGUGCUUACAGUGGGGUUUCUAGUACCACCUAAAAUCGAAGCUUUUGGGGAAGAUGAUUUUGUGGUCAUGGAUAGCCAUGCCAUUCAGUUUAACGGAGCCCUUGAUAUCUGUAAGUUAUCAGGGGCCAUUUUGUUCUGCAUUGGAGGAACUACACUGGCUGCAUGUCUUUUGAUGUCUGCCUUUGCUAAAAGUUACUCCAAAGAAGAAAAGUACCUUCAACAAAAAUUUAAAGAAAGAAUAGCAGACCUAAAAGCUCAUGUUCAUCCAGUGACAAAAGCCCCAGCUCCAGGAGAAGCAAAGAUACCUGUUACUUUGUCCAAAGUUCAAAAUGUUCAGCCUUCAUCAGAAACCUGACAUUUAUCCUUCAAAGUAAAAUUCUUUAAAUUGAAAAGGUCAGCUUUUGUGAGUUUUACGGUGAAAGUCUUAUUUUGCAGUACAAUAUCAAAGGCAGAGAGCUUACAACCCUGAUUAAAUACCUUUUCGCGGUAUCAGGUGCUAAGCUGAAGGACCCACGCCUGCUUCCAGGGUCAAACAAUCCAAUUAAGACAGAUAUCAGCAGCACACUGUUGAUUUGAAGAAAAUGUGAAGUUUAUUGUAUCAUUCAAAAAAGGGCAACGUUUCGGGCCUCCUGGGCCCUUUAUCAAGCCUAGUGUUGCAGUCUCACAUCCAUAUUUAAAGAGUGAGGAGGAGGUGUGGAACAAACAGCCACUCCCCUUCCUGUGACAUCAUGAAAAAGAUAUUGUGUUAACCUUUGCUAAAACUGUGCAAGUGAAUUGUUCAUAAAAAAUCAGUUGUGUUCAUUGUGUUCAAUUGUGUUUGAAGCAUCGAUCAUAGUCCACGUUACAAAUCACCUGUUGUAAUAAGUGAAAAAGUUGAUAAAAUUAAAAAUUAAAAAAUAAAGACCAAUUGCAAGAAAAAAAUUUUGAAAGAAUUUUGAAACAUUUUUUAGAAAAUUUCUUGGAAAAUCCUACGACAUUUGACACAAAUUUACUCCAAAAGAAAAGUCAUUGCUUCAUGCAAAAGGUCACAUACUCAAUGUUCCCCGACACGUUUUGAAACCCAAUAUUACUUGACAUAUUUUGUAAAAUAUUUGCAGUAUAUUUCAAAAAAAUUUCUUGCAAUUGGUCCUCAUUUUUAAUUUUUAAAUUUUUUAUUUUAUCAACUUUUUCACUUAUUACAACAGGUGAUUUGUAACAUGGACGUUUUGAACACAAUUGAU